UUUUUCAGCCUAUCUCAUCACUUCUCUCUUAUACCAGACCAGGCCAGACCAGACCAGACCGAUCCUCUCACCUCUCACCUCUCUCUCCUCCCAAACCUCCCUCUCAGCCGCCGCUGCUGCUUCUUCUUCUAUCCAACACAAACGCUGUCGUCGGUCUAGCCUCAUUGCUAUAAACUGUGACGUUUUGAGCUCUGUUCUGUUUGUCUUUGUUCGGUUUGAGAAGCAGCAGGAAGCAUUGAUAAGAAGGAAGCUCCCAGGCAAACCCCACUUUGCUCCCUUUCUUACUUCUUUACAUUUGUUACUUUCAGAUUCCAAACUAUACUGCCAUGUUAUAUAACUUCAAUUCCUACUUUAGAAUUCGAAAACCUCAUAAGUUUAUUGCUUUCUUACAUUUUCAUACAUGUGUUUGUGGCAAUAGUGGUCAGUUUAAUGGGCAAGAGGUUAGCUAUUAUUUCCUUGAAAACCCAUUAGCUUGUAUUGGACUUGUUGCAUAUUAUUCUUCAUUUUUAUCAAGAACCUCUUUUGCUAGUAGUAGAGGUCAACCUGCUGGGAAAGGUGAAAUUGAUGAGACUGAUGAUGGGUAUGGCAGAUUUAGGCAAAUGGGUUCCUGGGAUAAUGGGGACCAGCAAGACUCUAGCUUUGAUAAAUUUGAUGAGGCUAAAGAGUUUGAGGAUGAUGAUGACGACAAAGAAGUAGGAGAGGAUGGUGAUGAUGAUGAUGAUGAUGAUGAUUUUAUGGUUUUGAAUUCAUUUAAUAGAAAUGGUGAACAAAGGGAAGGUAUUGGAAGAGUUGAGUUGGAUGAGGAUGAAUUAAGACACCCUUUGGUGAGAGAGAUUUGUAGGUUGAUUGAACUUAGGUCAGCUUGGAAUCCAAAGCUUGAAGGGGAAUUAAGGCACUUACUAAGAAGCCUUAAACCUCGCCAAGUUUGUGCUGUUCUGCGCUCUCAGGCAGAUGAACGGGUUGCUUUGAAAUUAUUCUAUUGGGCUGAUCGGCAGUGGCGGUACAGACAUGACCCAAUUGUUUACUAUACAAUGCUGGAGGUCCUUAGUAAGACUAAAUUGUGUCAGGGUGCUAGGCGGGUUCUUCGGCUCAUGGCCCGCAGGGGUAUUGUGCGCCGGCCUGAAGCAUUUGGUUAUGUGAUGGUGUCGUAUGGUCGGGCAGGCAAGUUGAGGAAUGCAAUGCAAGUUUUGACUUUGAUGCAAAGAGCAGGAGUUGAUCCUGAUUUGUCAAUAUGUAACACUGCAAUCAAUGUUUUGGUGAAGGGGAAUAAACUGGAAAAGGCAUUGAGAUUCUUGGCCCGAAUGCAACUUGUUGAAAUCACACCUAAUGUUGUCACUUAUAAUAGCUUGAUCAAGGGGUAUUGUGACUUGCAUCGUAUAGAUGAUGCUAUUGAGCUAAUCGCUGAAAUGCCUCUGAAGGGAUGCUACCCAGAUAAGGUUAGCUACUAUACAGUGAUGGGUUUUCUCUGUAAAGAGAAAAGGGUUAAAGAAGUGAGAGAAUUGAUGGAUAAGAUGGUGAAGGAUAGUAAAUUGAUACCAGACCAGGUUACCUACAAUAUUCUUAUCCACGUGCUCUCCAAGCAUGGUCAUGGAGAUGAGGCUUUGAAGUUUUUGAGGGAAGCAGAGGAGAGGGGUUUUCGUGUUGAUAAGGUUGGGUAUAGUGCAAUAGUUCAUUCAUUUUGCAAGGCUGGAAGGAUUGACAUUGCUAAAGAAUUAGUAAAUGAAAUGUUCAGAAAGGGUUGCUUUCCUGAUGUUGUGACUUACACUGCUGUUCUUAAUGGGUUUUGCCUGGUAGGAAAGGUGGACAAAGCUAAAGAGAUGCUUAAGCAGAUGUACAAGAAUGGCUGCAAACCAAACACUGUAUCAUAUACGGCCUUGUUACAUGGGCUUUGUCGGAGUGGAAAGUCAUCAGAAGCUAGAGAGAUGAUGAACGUGAGUGAAGAAGAAUGGUGGACCCCAAAUGCCAUCACUUAUGGUGUUGUGAUGCAUGGUCUACGUAGGGAAGGGAAGUUGUCCGAGGCCUGUGAUAUUGUAAGGGAGAUGAUUAGAAAAAGCUUUUUCCCAACCCCAGUUGAAAUUAACUUACUGAUUCAGUCUCUUUGCAGAGAAGGAAAAAUGGACGAGGCUAAAAAGUUCAUGCAGGAGUGUCUGAAUAAGGGAUGUGCUGUUAAUGUAGUAAACUUCACCACUUUAAUUCAUGGAUACUGUCAGAAGGAUGAUUUGGAAGCUGCUCUAUCAUUGCUUGAUGACAUGUAUCUUAACAACAAGCACCCCGAUGUAGUCACAUACACUACAGUGAUAGAUGCAUUGGGGAAGAAAGGUAGAAUAGAAGAAGCAACUGAAUUUACAAUGAAGAUGCUGAAGAAGGGUUUGGAUCCUACUCCUGUUACAUACAGGACAGUUAUCCACAGGUAUUGUCAGAUGGGUAGGGUGGAAGAUUUGUUGAAACUAUUGGAGAAAAUGCUCUCAAGACAUUCAUGCAGAACAGUGUAUAAUCAAGUUAUUGAAAAGCUUUGUAGUUUUGGAAAUCUUGAGGAGGCGGAUAAACUCUUAGGUAAGGUGUUGAGAACAGCUUCAAGAAUUGACGCUAAAACAUGUCACAUACUUAUGGAGAGUUAUUUGAGGAAAGGGAUUCCUUUGUCAGCAUAUAAAGUGGCCUGUCGCAUGUUCAACCGGAAUCUGAUUCCUGAAUUGAAGUUAUGCGAGAAGGUGAGUAAAAGACUGAUGCUAGAAGGUAAAUGUGAGGAGGCAGAUAGGCUUAUGAUACGUUUUGUUGAGCGUGGACACAUUUCACCUCAGUGUCAAGAGCAUUUGGGAACAUAGUGGGUGUUAUUCUUGCUACAAGAGUGAUGGAUAUCCAUCUGACUAUUUCAUCAUCAUUAUGUGCUACCAUUGUUAAGUGCUUUAUCAGUGUAAGUCCCCGUUAUUCCAUAAUCAUUUAUUAAAGAGCGAAAUGCGAAAAAGAUCUCAUGCAGUCUGGGCCUAUUUCAAUGACACCGCUGUACUUACAACCAUCAAUUUAGAGUAACUAAUGAACUAAUGAAGUUUGAGAAAUGAUGAAAUUGCUCCCUCUGUUGCACUUCUAUCUAUUGUGAUGGAUGGGAAGUGAUGCACACAAUUGCUUUAUUAUAAAAAAUUUAUUUUAAAAUAAAAUUAAUAAAAGUUUUAAUUGUAGUAAGAUGGUGAGAAAUUUUUCUGAUUGAUAAACUUUUGUUUUUUGUAAUCAAUGUUUUUGGCAAGGUUCAAUUGUGGCAGGAUUCAAAAUUUUAUUAUUUGUUCUCAUUAAUUAAACAUAUGUUUACCUUUUUUUUUAUUUGUAGAAAAAUAAUUUUAAGAUGAAUUAUAUUAAAAUUUAAAAUAAAUUAUGUUUUAAUUUAUUCAAAAAUCCAUCCAUCACAGUUGAUGCAAGUGUGACAGACGGAGCAGUUAUCAUCAUUCCUCAAACCACAUGAGUUAAUAACAUUAAGUUGAUAGUACAUGGGUGUAUAUGAAACUGACCCAAACCACAUGGUUUUUUUUUUUUUUUUUUUUUUUUUUUUUUUUUUGCAUUUUUUCAUUUUUCCCUUGAUUUAAUUAAGUAGAAUCAUAUUUUGUGGUUGUCCUCCUGAGGUCACUGAUGUGGUCUUUUUACAUAUAACAAGUUAUUCUUAUGUUUUGUCAGUUUUUACUCUAAAGAGGUUCAGAGAACUAAAUUUAUACGUUAGCUCCCCAGUUUGAAUUUUAAUAUUUGUUUUUUUGUUUUUUUGUUUUUGUGUAACUGUUUAGUGGAUGUUUUGACCUGUUAUACUAAAAUUUAUUGAUGAUUAUUCUGGUUCGUGUCAUUGUUUGUCGUCCUCUACAUGUACUUGCAGUUUUUAAAUGAAAAGUUUCCCUGCAGUCCUGCUCAUAGUCCUCUAAGUAUUGUAAAAACAGAUGUAUCAUGUAUGCAGUUAUUCUUCUUGUUAAACUGUCCAUGAGUUUCUGUAUUUUUAUUUUAAAGUUUUUGCCCUUUGACUGAAGGAUGAUAACUUAUUAUGUUGUUCAUCACUUGAUAAUAGUCCUCUAUGUACUGAGGAAUAUUUUUAGAAGAACUAAAUUAUAUUUCGCAAAACAAAUAGAAUAUGCAAAUUAUAUGUCAAACUAAGAACAAAUUACAUCCACUCCUUUUGUGGAUAAUGUCUUUGCUCAUUUCAUCAUCUGAAUUAAGGUCAAUCACAACAAUUUUUGUUUUGAUAGGUCAAGGUUAGUUGUGGCCAUGCCAAGUGUGAAAGUGAUUGUGCUUGCCACGAUGUCCCUAGGGUGUAUCUAUGGCUGGAACUUCUUCCCCAAAGUUCGUAUAGUUAAAAAAGGGAAUUAGAAGGAACUUGCCAUAAAAUAAUAUGACAAAGGAGCAGUGCAUUUUGCUUCCCUUUCCUUGCAUAAAUAGUGUCAUCAUAAAAAAAGAAUUAUUAGAAGCAUAAAUUGUAAUAUAAAGGUUAUAUAUGAUAUAAUCAUCAUGAUCAUUACCUUUUCAAGAUGGUUUUUGUUGACUUAGAGAAAACAUAUAAUAGAUAUAUAAAGAGGUUAUGUGGUUGGUUUUGGAGAAAAGGGGCUCCUUUAAAGUAUAUUAAGAUGAUUAAGGAUAUGUAUGAAGGAGAUGUAAUUAAGGAUCAACUAAACACAUCUUUUUGCAAAAAUUAUUGAUGAACUUAUUAUACCAAUCGAGAUGAAGUCCAUAUGCUUCUUUUGGAGGAUAUAAUUUUAGUAGAUGAUAUAGAAUGUAAAGGCUUUAUGUUACAUAGGUCUAAAACACAGUAUAUGGAGUGUAUGUUUAGUAAAAGGUGAAAUAAAAUUGGAGUUGUAAAACUUGAUGGUCGAGAGAUAUGAAAAAGUGAGUAUUUUUGAUAUCCUGAAUCACUAAUUCAUAAGGAUUGAGAGAUCAAAGAGGGUGUAAAUCAUAAGAUAAGAGUAUGGUAGAUGAAGGGGAGAAAUGCAUCAAGAAUAAAGUGUGAUUGUAGAAAAAAAUUUACAAGAUUACUAUUAAGACUAGUAGUAAUACAUGGUACUAAAUGCUGGACUAUUAUGAAACAUGUUCAUAAAAUAAGUGUAAUUGAAAUAAGAAUGUUAAGAUGGAUAAAUGGAAAUAUAAGGAAAGAUAAGAUACAAAAUGAAGAAUUCGUUUAAAGUAUAGAGGCGACUUCAUAUUGAUGAAAAGAUGAGGGAGAGUUCUUGAGAUGGUUUGAUCAUGUGCAAAGAAGAGCGAUUAAUGUACUAGUGAGGAAGAGUUAUUUGAUCCAAUAGUAGUAAUGAUAUGUUAAUUAAGUAGGUGAUAGUGGGUAUGAUGUUGGAUAGAAUAGAAUGGUUAAGAUAGAGAGAAGAAUACAUGUGGUCCCCGAUUAGUCUGUUGUGGAUCCAUAACCAACUCACAAGUUUUGGGACUAAGACUUUGUUGUUGUUACUGUUGCUAAAAUAGAAUUCACACAGUUUUUACUUAAAUGAUACACAAAAAUAUUAUCUUAAAAAUUAAGAAACAUCUACCAGGAAUAGAACCACUGUAGUCUUCCAUUGAUGUUUUUGAGAAGGGAGGUAGUGGUAGUCUACUUACAGUAGGGCAAUACUUCAUUUUUUUGGGGGGUAUAUAUGACUCUUCAGGUCUGAAGAAUCUUAAAAAACUCCUCAGGUCCGAAGAAUUAACUAUAAUAAUUUGAAAAGCAAGUAAUCAUGCUUUCAUAAAUGAUUUCUUGACUUGGUAAAAGACGGAGAAAAAAGACACUCCAGCUGCAGAAAUCUUAAACUUUGAUUAUGUCUGCAGUGUGAUGCUUAUUAAUGAAACCAUCUUUUCUCCAAAUAUCCCUUUUGUUGCUGCUAUUUUCUUCAACAUUACACAAAAUCUGAUUUUAAAUUACUUAAGGUUAUGCAGGUGCAGAAUGAGAGAAACUGUAUUUUUAAAGUUUGACCUCCAUAAUCAAGCAUUUAAGAGUACCUUUGUGGCACAGAUCUCUUUAGGCCAUCUUUGGCUGUGAUAGGCUUGUAUAACACAUUCAAGAAGCAUCGAAAGCUCAGUAAUUUCAGGGCAAUCUUCAAUUUGUAAGUUAGCCAGGAGUACAACUAAGGUUCCUCUAGGUGUUCCAAGAGGUGUUUGUUUGUUAAACUUAAGUAGAUAUCAAAAUGAUUCCUGUGAAUGUUUGUUCAAAUGUUAAUAAUUAUGACGAAAUCUAACACAUUAAUUUAACACUGAACGAUAAACUUCUAGGGUGGGCUGUACUUUAAAAACUAAUGUAACUUUAAAUAUUUCAAUCCACCAUAAACUCUUAGAAGGUAAAGAGCAGGUGGCAUGUAAAUUUGGCCCAAAAUAUUUGCAAUCUUUCUUGCUAGUCAUUGGUGGAA